UGAAGUGUUGAAGGAGGAGCUUCGAAAUGCUCAGAAUCAAAUUGAUUUGUGAGAUUUUACUAGUUUUAGUCAUUCUGGAGAUCAAUGCUGUUCCUUACGACAGCCAGCCAAAAUUCAUCACUGAAGAUGGGAAUUUGUGCAUCUCCUCGGCUGUGGACAGGAAUAUCACGUUGGAUUUGAAGGGAAGAGGACGAUUUCUUGUCAACAAUCUCGAUAUCCUGCAGAUCAUUCAACGCAACUUCACGAUCAGCGAUGGAGAUCGCAUUCCUCAGGACUCAAUGUCCACGACGAGGCUUCUGAAUCGCGUCAACAUCCUGUACAAUGACGUCAGGGGUCCCAGGAGGGGAAUUCUACAGAGAUUGAGUCGCCUGGAGAAUGGCUCGAGAUCUGGCGCGAGUGGCUUUCAGCCGCGGAACCUUCGAUUGAGAGUCUUGGCGCUGGAGACGAAGAUGGACUCGCUGAUGACGAAACUGGCGGAGGACGACUGUCGAAGCAAUCCGUGCAACAACGGUGGCACUUGCGUGGACAUGUUCGAUGGCUUCCUGUGUCACUGCACGCCGCAGUAUCAGGGCAAGACGUGCGUGCACGAUGUGAAUGAGUGUGAGAACUUCGACGGCACGGAUUUGGGCUGCCAGAAUGGAGCCACGUGCAUGAACACGUACGGAAGCUACUAUUGUCACUGCGCUGCGGGAUUCCAGGGCGUGCAUUGCACGAAGAGAGACUCCAACUGCCAAUCGGCGUCCUCGCGGGAGCUCUGCGAUCAUGGCGUGUGCGUGCCCUCGGGCGAUCCCACGGGCUACAGAUGCAUCUGCGACCAGGGAUGGAUAACGAACAAUGUCACCGUAGUGUGCAGCACAGAUGUGGACGAGUGUCGCAGUUCGGUGUCGCAUUGCUCUCGAGAUCCUCCGGUGCAGUGCAUCAACACACCGGGAUCGUACACUUGUGGCCCGUGUCCGGUGGGCUAUUCGGGCAGUGGACACUACUGUGUGGACGUGGAUGAGUGCCAGGUGAACAAUGGCGGAUGCAGCAUCAAUCCACACGUGCCGUGCAUCAACACCAGAGGCUCUUUCACGUGCGGAAGCUGUCCUCUGGGCUUCAGUGGUGACGGGAGGAGUUGCAUUCAGGCAGGAUCUGGCGGCAUUUGCCAGUCUUCACCUCACGUGUGCCAUCCGGAAGCGGUGUGUGAAGAUGUGGGACAGUCAAUCAUGUGUCGGUGCAAGCCUGGCUUCUCGGGAGAUGGAUUUGGACCGCACGGAUGUGUUCGGGACUUAAGCACCUUUUGCAGCGUGAAUCCCUGUCUCAAUGGAGGAUCUUGCAGAGUCAAUGCCACAUCUUUCGUGUGCAUCUGUCCAGUGGGAACGUUGGGACCACGGUGUGAGGAUUCUAUGGCUGAUCCGUGCUCUCUUCAGCCCUGUGCAAAUGGUGGAACGUGCGUGAAUAGAGCGAAUGGCAGAGGAUUCGUGUGCAACUGCACGCAAUCGUACACAGGCACGCUGUGUCAGGCGGAAAGACGCUCCUGCGGUGGAACGUUGACUGGAGACAGAGGUGUCCUGAAGUAUCCUGAGGACGGAAGCAGAACGUACAAUCACAACUCCCGAUGCGCCUGGCUAAUCCGCGUGAACUCCACCAAGAUCCUCAAUGUGACAUUCACAAAGUUUGAGCUUGAGAACUCCUUCGAAUGUCGCUACGAUUGGCUCCAGAUUCACGAUGGAAGAUCAUCUGCUUAUCACAUGAUAGGCAGAUUCUGCGGCAACAACAUUCGUCCUGGACACUGGAUGACAUCCACCCACAAUACUCUGUAUUUGUGGUUCAGAAGUGACAGCAGUCAGAGUCGUGAUGGCUUUGAGAUCACCUGGGAAGCCAUUGAUCCUGUUUGUGGCGGACUUAUUGACACAACAUCCUUCGGGGUGAUCAAAUCUCCCGGAUCACCGGGAACAUAUCCGCCGAACAGAGACUGUCAGUGGCUAAUACGCGCUCCGGCGGGGAAGAGACUCCAAUUUCACUUCUUCGUGAUGCAAAUGGAGUCUCAUGAGAACUGCGAAUAUGAUUACUUGGCCGUUUACAAUGGUCCAUCAUUGGAUUCGCCGUUGCUGGAGAAGUUCUGCAACACUUCGCAUCCGCCGCCACUCACUUCACCCUCAAAUGAAAUCACAAUGUUCUUCCACUCUGACGAGGACUCAACGGACAAUGGAUUCCAGAUUCACUACUCAGUGGUGGAGGGUUUUCCGGGCUGUGGAGGUGUUUUCACAGCAUACUCAGGAGAGUUUGGAUCACCAGUUGAGGAUGAAAAGUAUCCGCACAAUCUGUUGUGUGAAUAUUCCAUCAAGUAUCCGAAGGGAAGCAAAAUCAGACUCACUUUCAAGAGCUUCCAAUUGGAAGUUGCCGAAGAGUGUCGUUUCGACAGUUUGGAGUUGUUUGAGAUUGCUGCUGAUGGAACCCGUGAGUUGGUGAAGAAGUUCUGUGGUGACACACUUCCGAAGCCGUACAAGUCAAUGGGGAACGAAUUGCUGCUGGUCUUCAACACUGACUGGUCACAGUCGUUCGGAGGCUUCAGGAUUGGCUAUCAGAUUGACUGUGGAGGAACUUUUGAAGCGGAAAGUGGAAUCAUCACGUCUCCUAUGUAUCCACAGCCAUAUCACGACUCCAGAGUGUGUGAAUACAUCAUCCAGGCGCCGAUUGGGAAGGUUGUCGCUCUGCAGUUCCUGGAUUUUGACCUGGAAGAGAAUUCCUAUCCGGAUUGCUAUUACGACUACGUGGAGAUUUCUGAUGGCGUUCCUUCGAGCAACAGCACCAAAAUCGGUCGAUACUGUGGAAAUAUGUCUCCACCGACUAUUGUGUCCACUUAUAAUGCUCUCUUCCUCACACUGGAGACAGACAGUUCCAUUUCUGGUCGAGGAUUCAAGGCGAAUUACACCUUUAUCGAUGUUCAAUGUGGCGGAAUAGUGACAACAUCGGGAACUGUAAUAAGAUCUCCAGAAUCAACAGAGAGUUCAACUUCAUACGCAGAAUCUGUGAACUGUCGAUGGUUGAUUUCCGCUCCUGCUGGUCAUAAUGUGCAGAUCACGUGGAUUAACUUCCAAAUUGAGUCUGAGGAUAGUUGUGCCUAUGAUUAUGUGCAGUUCUUCGACAACAGCACUCAUCCGGCGAGAUCUGUGGGGAAAUUCUGUGGCAGCAGAACACCUCCGGUGAUCAACAGUGUGGAGACGAUGAUGACUGUGGUCUUUGUCACUGAUGAGUCAGUGAAUGAGGGCAGUUUCAGCUUCAUGGUGACUUUCGUGGACAUGUCGAAGAGCUGCGGUGGGAAUUUCUACAUGAGCUUCGGCUACAUAAGAUCGCCGGGCUAUCCUGAGCCAUACAUGAAUGACAGGCAGUGCGAGUGGGUGAUUUCGGUGGAGAAUGGUGCGCAGAUUGAGCUGAAAGCCAAUUCUUUUGACCUGGAGGAGCAUCAUGAGUGUGAAUUUGACUAUGUGGAAGUGAGAAAUGGCGGAAGAGCAGAUUCACCGCUGGUGGGAAUAUACUGUGGCAAGAAAUUUCCAUCGACAAUACGUUCGUUCAGCAAUCAGGUGUAUGUGAAGUUCGUCUCGGACUCGAGUAGACCAGAAAGUGGCUUUGAACUCGAGUGGGAUGGCACAAUUACUGGCUGUGGAGGAACUUUGACGGCUCCCAGAGGAUCUAUUGUCUCGCCAAACUAUCCUGAGCCUUAUGCUGAGAAUGCUCAGUGCAUCUGGAAGAUCACAGUGAGUGCUGGAUCUGUGGUGCAGAUCAUUUUCAGUGAUUUGGACCUUGAGAGGAGUCAAGAUUGCGUUUAUGACUACUUGGAGGUGUUUGAUGGACGAGAUGCCUCCAGUGUGUCGCUGGGGAGAUUCUGCUCAGCCGAAGAUCAUCCACUUCAUCUGCAGACAAGCAGCAAUUUCGCCAUGAUUCGCAUGCGAACUGACUAUUCGGCACAAGGACGUGGCUUCAAUUUGCGCUACAACACGAACUGCAAUAGGGAAAUUGAGAGUGUGGAGGAGACCAUCAUUGAGUCACCGAAUUUCCCCAACGCCUAUCCACAUUCCCUGAAUUGCUUGUGGACAAUCCGAGUGCCGCUGGGCAAUCGAAUCUCCAUUACGUUUCUGCACUUUGACUUGGAGAAUGGUGACACGUCAGAAGACGAAGCAUCGUGCAAAUUUGACUACUUGAUGAUCGAAGAGAAGGUCAAUUCUGUUGAGGUGGUGAAGAAGACGAAACACUGCGACAAGGCUCCAGAGCACUUCAUCUCCGCCGGUGAGGUGGUUGAGGUGAGCUUUGUCACGGACAUCAGCAUCAGUCACACUGGAUUCCGGUUGGAGUUUCACAUUGAGGGAUGCGGAGGAUUUCUGCGCAAUCCCACAGGGAGUAUCAGUUCACCCAACUAUCCUGGCUUGUAUCCUCAUCAUGUGCACUGUUAUUGGCUCAUCUUGGCGCCAUUUGGACACUCAAUCGAACUGACAAUAUCAGAUUUUCACCUGGAAGCGGCAGAUCAGUGCUCUUAUGAUGGGCUUCGAAUUUUCAAUAGUGACAACAUGACAAUUACCACACUUUGUCAUGUUCAGACAAAGCCAACAACUUACACCUCAAAUGGUGCCAUUAUGAAUCUGUACUUCUACACAGACAUGUCAAUUGCGGGAAAAGGCUUCAAUUCAUCAUACAAGUUCAUUCCUCAGAAGUGCGGCGGCACUUUGUCAACACAGGGCAAUAUAUACUCUCCCAACUAUCCCAAUAACUAUGACAAAGCGAGUUCAUGCGAGUGGCUUUUGCAGACCGAUGAGACUCACGUGCUGGAGAUAAAUUGGCUGGACUUUGACUUGGAAUCGAGCUCAAACUGCCAACAUGAUAGUGUAAGGCUCUACUCUGGACCUACUAUGGAUCCUAAACACCUGACCAUGACUUGGUGUGGAUCAGAGCGUCCGAAUAAGACACAGCAAAUUCUGGCCACCAAUCAGGCUCUGCUGAUCUUCCGAUCAGAUUCUUCAGUUGAGGCAAAGGGUUUCCAUCUCAACUUCACGUCGGCGUGCGGAUCGCGCAUUGUCACCAAUGGCAGUGGCGAGUUGGUGAAGACUUAUGGGAUGUACGAUCGUGUGGGCAAUUGCACGUGGACGAUCAUCUCGGAUGAUCCAGUUGGCAAGCUGACUUUGACUAUAAGUGAGCUGGACUUCUUCAAGUUCGACGUUGAGAAUCGAACUCAGUCAAUAUUGGAAGUGUUUGACGGAGAUUCAACAAAUGCCACUCUUCUUGGGUCAUACAAUGAUGCGCCGCCGACGCUGUACAGUUCUGGAAAUGCAAUCACGCUGAGAAUGAACUCAGAACCGAAUCACGAACUCAUUAUUUCAGGCUUCAAACUAUUCUAUUCAGUCUUUGAGAAUUUUUGUGGAGGUGAUUUGAAGGCCGAAAGUGGACAAUUUGCCUCGCCAAUGUAUCCCAAACCGUAUCCAGCGAACAUUGAAUGCAUCUGGAACAUUGAAGCGUCGCCGGGAAAUAAAAUCCUCGUGGAGUUUUCUGAAUUCAUCCUGGCAGAUUCACCGACGUGCAGCGAAGAGUAUGUGGAGAUUAGAGAGAAGAAUGGCGGCGGGAAGCUGUUGGGAGUGUUUUGUGGCUCCAAUCAGCCCACGAAUCUCACUGCAAGUGAAUCAUUGUGGAUUAAGUUCCGCAGUGGAAGUGAUGUCAUCAAUGAGAUGAGGAAGUUUUACGCAUCAUUCGCUUAUCAGAGACUCGUGGAGAUUACAGAUAAGGAUGAAGGAUUUGUCACGUCACCUUUAUUCCCAUCCUCGAUUUAUAGAUCGAUUGACUACAAGUGGAGGAUCACUGUUGACUUUGGCAGUGUGAUUAGUGUGUCUGUGAAGGAUGUUUACAUCCUGGGCGAUUGUUAUUUGUACGUGCAGAUUUACGAUGGCUUCAAUGAGGACGCUCCAGAGCUGGGUGAGAAGAUUUGUGGUGUGGAGCCACAGGAAUCCGUGACAAGUUCAUCCAAUGUGAUCUUCAUCCAUUCCAAUCUCUACUAUCCAAGUCUUUUAGGAUCACACUUCCGCAUCCAGUGGAAGAAGGUGCCACGUGUGCUGAGAACUUUUCCUGAACUGGAGGCUUCAGUGUGUGGCAUGGAGAGUCUUGUUCUGACGAAGAAUCACACCAAUGUCAAUAUAACAUCACCUGGAUUUCCUUCUGGCUACGAUGCUAAUCUCAAUUGCACCUGGAUUGUCUCGUCGGACGAUCCGGCCUAUCAUCCGGUGUUUGUGGUGAAUUAUCUAGAUCUGGAGGACACGGAUAGUUGUCUGACGGAUCGAUUGGUGCUGUCUCAGAGCAGAGAUUUGAUUGUUUGGAAGCAAUUGGCGCAGAUAUGCAACAUUGACUAUCGCAAUCAGCAGACUUACUAUGGGAAUCCCUAUUUGAAAAUUGAAUUCCUGACUGAUUGGGGCAUGAACAAGACAGGAUUCCGAGGGCUUCUCGUUGAGGACUGCGGCGGAUACAUGACAGAUGCCACGGGAAAGGUUUCUGCUGGUGUUCAAAUGCUCACCGAACGCUAUGUCAGAUUCCAAACGACGUGCGUCUGGGAGAUUCAUGUGCGUCAAGGCAGAACCAUCAAGUUUGAAUUCCAGGAGUACUAUUUCCCGAAGAAUAGAGAAAACAGCGUUUGUGACGGAUUCAUCAUGUUCAAGAAUGGUGGCAGUGAAGAUUCUCCUCUGCUGGGCGAAGGAAAGUACUGCGGCGAAGGACAGAAGCCAGACAUUCCAGAGACGAUCAGCAAUAGAGCGUAUGUGAAGUUUGAAUAUGGCGGAAACUACCGAACACGCUUCCAGAUGACUUACAGAGAGGUCAAUCUUGCCUGUGGCGGCACUAUUCAUCUCACGGAGGAUGUUAACAGCACAGUGAUCACAUCGCCAAACUAUCCCAACAUUCCGCAUCCACACACGGAGUGUGUCUGGCUGAUCUUCGCCCCCAAUGGAGAGUCCAUGAAUGUUGACUUCGAGGAGAGAUUUGACCUGACCAGGAGUCCAGGAUGUGACAAGGAGUAUGUGGAGUUGAGAAGUGGUGGAACGACAAACAGUGAGUUGCUUGGCAAUUUCUGCAACACAAUGCCACCCACAAUUUCCACCCACUCAAACAUAUUGAGAGUGAAGUACUUCACGGAUGUGACUGAUCCUAAGAAUGGAUUCAAGGCUAAGGUGUCAAUUGCCUCGUGUAGUGCGACAUUAAGGCAGAAUCAAGGAAUACUCAGUUCACCGAAGUAUCCGGGAAAAGGCGCUUAUCCAGCGAAUAGCGUCUGCACGUACAGAAUUAUAGGAUCACCGCUGACAUAUCUCAACAUCACCUUCGUGGACAUAAAUCUACCGCCGAAGGGAGACAAUGACACCUGUGUGAGUGAUCGAGUGUCUGUUUAUGCUGUGAUUCCUGGAGACAGUGAGGGAACACAGCAACAGCAUCGAGGCACUUACUGUGGCUCAGAAAUCCCAGAAUCCUUCUUCAUCGACAGCCACGAAGCUGUAAUUGAGUUCACAACAACUGAGCAUCAGGAUCUCUACACGGGCUUCAGUAUGCGCUUCAAUGUGGGCAAAGAGACGUGUGGAGCGGAGAUAAAUGCAGAAUCGGGCAUUAUAACGAGUCCUGGAUAUCCGACUGGAAGGCAGAAUCGACGAUUCUGCGAAUGGUCGAUCACUGUGCCAAAAGGCAGAAGAGUUAAGGUUGAACUGUUGGAUCUUGAUCUCAUUCCAGCUUCGCACACUUACAGUCAACGCAUUGGCUUCUACCACGAUCAUCGGUAUCUCAGCAGAAUUCGCUUCAUCAAGGGUGAAGAUCCGCUGCAGACUAUUUACUCGAGUGGCAACAAAAUGUUGGUCAAUAUGUGGGUCAGAGUUCCGAGUAAUCAUCGUGGCUUCAAGCUGGCAUUUUCCUCAAAUGAACCGACGGUGUGUCAAGGUGAUCUGAAUCUUCCGGAAGGUGACAUUGAAUCGCCGAAGAAUCUCAGCACUUACUACUGCGAAUACAUCAGAGAUGCCGGCUUCUUCUACCCUGAGGAACCCACCGUUGGGACGCUGGCGUUGAGAAUCCAAGACGCCUUCAUCGGUCGCUCAAUCUCCUGCCGCUUAGCAUCCACGAGGAUUGCAGUGUCUUGGCUCAGUGGUCCUGAUCUGGAGUCACCGUAUCUGCAGUACCUUUGCGGCAAUAUUUCCGACACAACCGUGAGAUCACCCUUCCCGGAUACCAAAUUGGAAGCCCGCCAAGGACUCUACUACGGACCAAUAUCAUUUAGGCUGCACCACAAGAUGCACAAGUGUGGCGGUAUUAUUAACAGAGCCUCUGAAAUCACACAGCCCAGCUUCCCGGCGAACUACGGACGAGUGGAUUGUGCCUGGCACAUUCGACAAUCCAGUGGAUUUGCCAUUCAACUGCAAAUCAUCAGGCUGGAGUUGAGUUCAUCGUGUGAUGAUGAGUACAUUAAUGUCUACAAUGGUGCCACACAGCUUAGUCCGCAUCUAAUGAAGAUUUGCGGCAAUUCUUUCGAUGUGCGGCCAAUAAUGUCGGAAAAUAACUUCCUCUUCAUUGAGUACUUCUCAAGAGUGUACAAUUCAUCGGCGAAAUUUACAUUUAAAGUCAAUCCCGCUGUCUCUGGAUGCGGAGGAAUCAUUCACAAGUCCACGCAGGUUAUCAAGAGUCCGGGCAAUUCUUCAUACUAUCCCAACAAUAUCGAGUGCAUCUGGGAAUUCCGACCCGAUGCGGGCUUCCAUGUGGGUCUUGAGUUUAUCGAUAGAUUCUACAUUGAGGAUUCUGUGAAUUGUACCAAGGAUUACAUUGAGAUCUUCGAUUUGCGCAGUGGAGAGUGGCACAGUUUGGGACGCGUCUGUGGACGUGAAACUCCUCCGAUCUUCAAUGCAACGGAGUCAGAGCUGAAGUUGGUCUUCAGGACGGACGGAAGUGUGUCUGGUGAUGGAUUCUCCGUGAAAUGGUAUCAAAAUUGUGGAGGACUUUAUGAAGUUCGUGAUAAAACACCCGAAAUAAUCUUCAGUCCAAAUUAUCCAUCAAACUACGUGAGACUGCUCAACUGCAAUUACACGUUCGUUGCGCCAACUGAUAACUACAUAAUCCUGGAUUUCCAGGACUUCCAACUGGAGGAAUCCAUUGGCAGAUGCAUCUUCGAUAAUGUGACUAUUUACAAGGUUAGCGAGUGGAAUCCGUCUCAGCCUUUCAUGGAGCAUGGAGUGUAUUGUCGCGAUAAUUCGCCGGGAAAGGAGAGAUACAAGAAUAAGGUUUCAGUGGUCUUCCGCACGGACAAGUGGGUGGAGAGGAAGGGCUUCAAAUUUACCUACUAUUUGGACACUUGUGGCGGCGCAAUCAACAAUUCCACCUUAAUCACCUCACCGGGCUUUGAUACCAUGACUUAUCCUGGCGAAAUAAACUGUGUGUGGAACAUAACAGCGCCUGUUUCCAAGAUCAUCCUCAUCAAGUUUGAGAAGAUGGACAUUGAGAGUGUCGAUACGUGCUAUGGAGAUUACGUGAGUGUGUUCAAAGGACAAGAGAUGAAGGACGAAAAUAGGCUGGCGAAGUUGUGUGGAAAUAUAACAACUCCUCCUGCCAUCAAGACAGACUCUUCUUCAGCAAUUCUCAAUUUCAAGUCGGAUUUGUACAACAAUAUCGGAGGAUUUUCCGCCGCGGUGCUCUUCAUACCAUCGUGUGAUCGUCGAAUAACACUGACCAAAUCUUCACCCAUUUACCACUUGGAUGUGAGUGAUUCUAACUACGAAUAUCUCCUGGAUUGUCACUUUUACAUUAAGGCUCCAGAAGAUGACAAUAUUCGUCUUAAGUUUACACAAUUUCACGUUGCUCCGUGUGACAAUAACUCCACAAAGACCGACUGUUCGUGUGAUUUUGUGGAGAUUCGCGAUGGUGUUGGACCUUUCUCGGAACUCGUGGGCAAAUACUGUGGUCACGAACUUCCUCCAGACGUCCUCACGUCGCGACCUGCCAUCUACAUCCGCUUCGUGACAGACUCGAGAGUGAACAGCAGAGGUUUCACCGCUGAGAUCAGCACAGUUGCGAAUCCUUGUGGUGUUAGAUAUGUCAAUAUCUCCGAUGGCGUUAGCAAAUCCAUCGAAUCUGGACCUGCACCUUAUAAGCCGAAUAUGAGAUGUUCCAUCAUCGUUGAAACCACAAUUUAUGAGCAAUUGCAUCUGAUCUUUGAGAAGUUUGACCUACAAGGACCGAAUGCUGAUGGAAUAUGCGCUUAUGAUCAACUUGAGAUUGCCGAUGAGGGUGUUCUGGAGUACAAGGAUGUGGCUUUCGGUCAGGAUUUGGUGUACAAUGGUGUGGUGGGUGGACCAGUGGGCUUCUACAUGGGCACAAGGCAUCCCUUAGCUCAUCACCACUACUGUGGCAAUGGAACACCGGCGGAUUAUGUGUCGAGGACUCACAAGGUUCAUCUCAAUUUCAAGUCAGAUGCUGAACAUCAGGCAGCUGGUUUUACGAUCUUAGCGGCUCCGAUUAAGGGCUGUCACAGGAAUUAUACAGAAACCCAGGGAAGAAUAUUUGUCUCCCAGAGCAGAGAUUGCGAUUAUCUUAUUAUUGUGCCUGAAAACUACACAAUUUCACUCUACUUCCUCUCUAUCACGUUCUACAAUAUGGAUUGUGAGAAGAAUGGGAUAAAAGUUUACGAUGGAGACAAUGAGAAUCUGUUGGGAUCUUACUGUGGUUACACUGUGCCUGAUCCUGUCUUCUCGACCACGAACAAGCUUCGCCUGUCAGUUAAGGGGAACAUGAAGGAUUCCGGAUACGUUUACGGUGGGAGUUAUGAUCUCACCUUCCUGGCCACGGACGCUGGUCGUGGCUGUGGAGGAGUUCUCUACAACUACGGCGGAACCUUCUCCAGUCCUCUCUAUCCGCUGAACGAGAGGAACAACACGUCGUGCGAGUGGGAUGUUCACGUGCCCAGCAAUUUGCUGGUGGCGAUGCGAUUCAACGUCUUCGACAUGGGCACGAAGGUGACUUGUCCGAGCAAUUAUGUGCAAUUGAUUGAUGUAGAUCCGGAUGGGCAACAGACAGUACAGCGCCAGUACUGCGGAGAUGACGUUCCAGCGGUGUACAAGAGUGGUUAUAAUCACGUUCGCGUGCGCUUCGUGAAGGAUGUGAACUUUGCGGGCACUGGCUGGCUUCUGCAGUUCAUGGCGGUGAACAGAGAUGCUGAAAUCUACAAUUGGUAGUGAAUGGAUGUAGUUUCCUUAUCAAACAUAAUCAUAACAAAUAAUCGCUUCAGAUAGAAAUUAUAUUGCCUUCUUCUAAACAGUUUACACAA